UAAACAGCUUGGCGUGCGUUCCGAAGGUGACUCAGAGAAGACGACGCACCUGACACUCACCUGACACUCGGUCGGGCAUUUAAAGAACUGACACUGGACUUUUAACGGAAUCGUAAAGCACUGUAUUAUUUACAACAGACAAUAUGGAUGGGGAUGACAGUAUUACAGAGGAUGAAUGGACAUCUAUGAAGAGGCGAUUCAGCCUUGAAGGGUUGGAAUGGGAAACGCAAGAUCAAAACAUGAAAACUCUUCAAGUGUGGCGGUUGCUAGUAGAUGCCGAGGCCAAUCUAAAAGCAGUACGACACAUAAAUGAUAAGCUGAGGAGACAGCACGAUCAAGAAAAGGAGGAACUCGAGGAGUACACUGAACACCUCCGACAAAAAUGCGAAGAAAGAGUAAAGGAAUUGGAUAACGAAGUGAAGACUCUCAAGGAGGAUCUGGAGGCCCUCCUUGCUGGAACACAGGCGGUGGGAACGAUGCUUCUGAAUGAAGGGCUGGAGGACGUAGCUCAGAGCACCCUGGGAGAGCAAAUAGCCUACCUACUUGUAGAAAGGGCAAAACUGAAUGAAGAACUCAUAGCUGCUAGAACCAAGCCUGCAUCAGACAGGGAGAAGGAACUGACUACACAGCUUAUUAAGGUUAGCACAGACUACGAGCUGCUUAAACGAACACAGCAGGAGUCCGAGGAAAAGCUGGCAGAGAUGACUGACAGGGUGUCAUUGCUGGAGAAAGCCUCGCGGCAAUUAGAACUAAACAAUGAGUCUUUAGCCUACAAGCUAUCCGAGGCCUUAGCCGAAAUAGAGGAAAAUGAGAACCAACUGCGCCUGUAUAGUAAGAACUCCAAUUUCAAACGGGGCGAGUCUCCGAGGGUGAGCUUGCGCAGCCAAGAGGAUUAUGGGCCACCAAGCCUAAGGAGUCUGCCUAUCUCUGAGAACUCUUUCAUCCGCCGAGACUCACAGAGGAGGAGUGGCCGCAAAGGAGAAUCACCCAGGAGUAGUAACAGGCAGAGAAAACAUGAAUCAGCGAGAGGCGAGAGAAGCAAGUCAGCGGGACGAAGCCUCUCCAGACAACGGCGAGUCAGCAGAUCAGGAAGUCUGAGGCUUGAAGAAGGUGAAGCCGGAGAACGCAGGCUUUCUGAUGCUGUGGAGGCGGGACUGCUUUCCGGAGAUAGGAGCUUUGAUAUAAAUGACGUACGCAGGAGUAGUGUUAUGAGCUCCAGUGCCUCCUCUCCCAGGAAACUCCAUUCACUGCUUGAUACCCAAAUACAGACUGCGAAAAGCCAGAUUAAUAUGUUAGAUGAAGUGAAACAGCUUCAGGAAGCUAAUGUUCUCACAUGUCACAGUGAAUCAGCGAGAGGCGAGAGAAGCAAGUCAGCGGGACGAAGCCUCUCCAGACAACGGCGAGUCAGCAGAUCAGGAAGUCUGAGGCUUGAUGAAGGUGAAGCCGGAGAACGCAGGCUUUCUGAUGCUGUGGAGGCGGGUCUGCUUUCCGGAGAUAGGAGCUUUGAUAUAAAUGACGCGCGCAGGAGUAGUGUUAUGAGCUCCAGUGCCUCCUCUCCCAGGAAACUCCAUUCACUGCUUGAUACCCAAAUACAGACUGCAAAAAGCCAGAUUAAUAUGUUAGAUGAAGUGAAACAGCUUCAGGCUGAACUGGAGACCAUGAAGAAGGACUUGCUAGGUGCUGGUGACAAGUAUGAAUUCAUAGUGAGGAAGUAUGAAUUGUACAAGAUAAAAAGCAAGAGCAAAGUUUAUUCUAUAAAAUCAACAUACCAAACUGAACUGGAAGGCCUGCAGAGACAGAACAACAGCCUGGAGGCCCAGGUCGCCCUCCAGAGAGAUCAGCUCCGGUCGGAUGAUGCCCUCAGGAAGGAGCUGGAGAGUGACUUGGCCAGUGUUCGGACAGAGCGUCAGGAAAUGGCAGUGAGGGUGCGAGAGAUUGAGAGGGAGUUGCAGAAGCGAGAUCAAGAGAUUGGACUCCUUCAGGAAAAAGUGAAGCUGUUGCAAGAGAGGAACCAGCAGCUUAAUGAAAAACUGCAGGAAAUGAGUUUAGCAGCCAUUGUUGGAUGAUAGUGUGAUUUAUUAGGUGAAUGCGGAUAAUUCUUUGACAUUGCAUGAUAGAUUUAUAUUGCAUGUAUUGCUGAUUCAGAUAUGUGUAUUUAUAAAACUAUGCCAGUGAUUCAACCUGUUACUAAGAGAUACCAUGAUCUGUGAUUCAUAUCCGUCCAUAUCCCUUUUUCUUUUUCCCUUUCCCGUUCCCGUUCCUGUUCCCUUUCCCUUUCCCUUUCCCUUUCCCUUUCCCUUUCCCUUUCUUUCCCUUUCCCUUUCCCUUUCCCUUUCCCUUUCCCUUUCCCUUUCCCUUUCCCUUUCCCUUUCCCUUUCCCUUUCCCUUUCCCUUUCCCUUUCCCUUCCCCUUCCCCUUCCCCUUCCCCUUCCCCUAUCCCUUCCCUUUCCCCUUCCUCUUCCUCUUCCCCUUCCCCUUUCAUUUUCCCUUUUUAGAAUGGAUUAUUAUAAGGCAACUCAAGGUCCAUUGAUAUAAGUCUUUCUUAAUAUUUAAUUAGUAUUUAUUAUGUAACACAAAGCUUUAUUGAUCCUAGUCACUUAUGAUAAUAGUCAGGAUAAUUAAAACAUAAUUAAGUACCUCAAAAUAUCCUAUGUAAGUGAUGUCUUCCUUCUAGUCUUGACAGAAGAAGAGAAAAUACUAAUAUUGCUAUCAAUAUUAUUAUUUUAUUUUAUUUAUCUAUCUUACACUUUAAAUGUCUCUCUUUUUUGUUAAUGGAUUUGUUUUUGUUUAUAUAGAGUUUUGUUAAGCAAAUCAAAACUGUAAAUUAUAUUAUCUUAGAGUACAAGCCUUAUCUGUUUUUGUUUUUUUCUGUUUUAUUGAGAUACAAUUGUUAUUUGAAAGGUACAAAUUGUAAACAAUAAAAGUACAUGAACAGUAUUGUAGAUGUCAUUAUUAUUUAUACAUUAUGUACUCAUAUUUAUUUGAAUUGUAUAAAGAAUGAUACAUUUCA